GAAGGAGGGGGAAGGGGACGAGGCCUACCCCUCCGGCAACACCCAGACCUUCAUCUUCCCGGAGACGCAGUUCAUCGCCGUCACGGCCUACCAGAACGCCGACAUCACUCAGCUGAAAAUCGAUCACAACCCCUUUGCCAAGGGCUUCCGGGACAACUUCGACUCGAUGUACACGACAGCAGAGGGCGACCGCGUGACCCCGUCCCCGCCCGACGCCACCAGCUGCCAGCAGCUCCUGCCCGGCAGCCGCUUCCCGUCCUUCCUGCACGAGCAGUACCCGCUGCCCCAGAGCCGCUACUACAACGGGGAACCGCUGCAGCACAAGGAGCACCCCCGCUGGUACUUCGCCUCCCAGCAGCCCCCCGCCGCCCCCCUGGAUUACGGCGCCUACGAGGGCAGCUACGGCGGGAACAAGUACAUGCCCUUCGGCGUGAAGGCCUUCCCCCUGCCGGCCUCGCCCCACGCCACCCUGCCCUACUACCAGGAGCCCCACCCCUUCGGCUCGCCGCCCGCCGCCUGGCAGCCGCCCGCCAAACCCAGCCCCGGGGCGCUGGGCUGGUUCCGGCCCGUGCGGGACAUCCGGCCCCUGCCCGCCGGCGAGGAGAAGGGGAAGGACGCGGAGGGCUGGGCCGAGCCGGCCUCGGUCAAGUCGGUGGACUCCUCGGACUCGGGGCUCUUCGAGGCGGAGUGCAAGCGGCGCAGGGUGUCGCCCUACGCCUCCAGCGCCGAGAGCUCGCCCCCCGCCCGCAACGGGGACCU